UUAUAUAGAAAAAGAAAAUCACGAAAGAGAAACACAGUGCGCAUCAAACUCCACUGUCUAAGGAGAGAUCGCAUUCUCAACAAGUUACAUCAAUCUCUCUCUCUCUUUGGGAGCUUACUGAUUCGAAUCGGUAGCAGCUGAGUCAACUCGCUGAGAAGUGUAUUUGUAUGUGUACGCGAUAAGGACGGGCUACGAGUUUGCGUGAUGGAUCCCGGUGGGAUGAUGAACGACGCCGGGACGUAUAACCUGGCGGAGAUCUGGCCGUUUCCGAUUAACGGAGGCGCGACGACGGUUCAUUCGUCGAUGAGGAGUGGUGUCUCGUUUGGUGGGCCUAACUUGGCUCAUCAGUUCGCGGACUCGAAUCUGAUUAACUGUGGCGAUCCGGCUCGUAUGAGCCACGCGCUUUCGCAGGCGGUGGUCGCCGGAAUCUCUGGUGCUAGGAAGCGACGGGACGCAGCGGAGGACAAAGUCGUCUCUAGCAGCGACGGCAAUGACGCGAAUGAUGGUGACAGUAAAAAGCAGAAGACUUUGGGAUGUGAAGACGAAGUGUGUGAUGGGAAAGCAGAAACAGGAACAUCGGAUCAAAAGAAGCAGUUGCCUGAACCUCCAAAAGAUUAUAUUCACGUGCGAGCAAGAAGAGGACAAGCGACAGAUAGUCACAGUCUUGCCGAAAGAGCGAGAAGAGAAAAAAUAAGCGAGCGGAUGAAAAUCUUGCAAGAUCUUGUCCCGGGUUGUAACAAGGUUAUCGGAAAAGCGCUUGUUCUAGAUGAGAUAAUCAAUUACAUACAAUCGCUGCAGCGUCAAGUUGAGUUUCUAUCUAUGAAACUUGAAGCGGUCAACUCAAGAAUGAAUCCUGGAGUCGAGGUUUUCCCGCCAAAAGAGUUCGAGCAGCAGCCGUUUGAGAAUCCAGGGAUGCAGUUUGGCUCACAACCAACAAGGGAAUACAGCAGAGGAGCAUCACCGGAGUGGUUGCAUAUGCAGGUAGGAGGUGGUUUCGAAAGAACAUCGUGAAUACAGAAACACUUAAAGUUAGUUAAUAAAGCUAGUAAAAAUUCACUAAACAAAAUUCCCAUCUCCAAUGAUGUUAGUCACGAAAAGAAGCAUACGUAUAAACAUUUAUAAAAAUAUAUAUAUAUAUAUAUAUACGACAUUAGUAUAUUGUUGUGGAGGAAGCGAGAAGAUUAUAGGAUUUCUAGUUUAGACAUGAAGUAAAAGGGAGAUCGACUGUGAGGAUGAUUUCCUCUGUUGCUACUUGUCUCAGAUUAUGUUAGUAAUGUUAGAUUUCAGAUGCUUGUUUGAUUCUGUAAUCUCUCUGAGGAAGGUUUGGUUCUCCAAAGCUGCGAGACCUAAAAAAAAAGAGGAAUGAAAAUGAACCUCAGCUCUUGUAAAAUGAUG